AUGGUUUUGUAUUUCCUUAUUAGAAAGAUCAUUAAACCGAAGCCAGCUACCUCGCCCACAGCGCCUCCGCCCGGGAUCAGCAUCCCCGAUGGCGUGGAAGUGUUGUACUUCAAGCUGAACCAGGAACAGUUCAACACGAGAGUCAAGCGAGCCAUCCUGCACGUGUGGCUCAAACCCAUCACGUCGGAGUUAGAUCGCAUCGUGCCAAUUUCAGUGUUCAAGGUGGCGAGGGCUCGGCCUGAAGACCCAGAGGACUCCAUCAAACUCCAAGCGCCGUUGCUGGAGAUCCACACGGAAGAGAGCAGAAGGAACCGCAACAGAAGGAACUCCAUCCGAAACCAGUGCACUACCAGCCAGAUCGAGUCCCGCUGCUGUCGGUAUCCACUCCUCGUCAAUUUUGUUGAGUUAGGAUGGGACUUCAUUGUUGCUCCUAAGGUAUAUGAAGCUAACUUUUGCAAUGGCGAGUGCCCUUAUUUAUAUGCCCACAAGUAUGCCCACAGUGCAUUGAUUCAGAAGAUGAAUAGCACCAGCGCCAAGCACGGCCCGUGCUGUGGUGCGCGCAAGCUCUCUCCGAUGAAGAUGCUGUAUUACGAUCAUGAUCAUAAAAUCAAAUUUGAUACCAUCCAAGACAUGGUAGUAGAUCGUUGCGGAUGUUCUUAAUCUAUUAUCCAUGCUGUCCUGCAGGUCGCUUUAAUAUGUUAGUUUUUUUCGAAACUGCCAGCAAAAACAUAUAAGAAAAAUAAAAAAAAGGUCGACAGGGAGAGAAAUAAGUGUUAUUCAAACAUACAGUUAAUAUCAUUACUAAAUGGCACCCUAAUCAACGUAUUUUGUAAUCUUGAUAAUUUCAACAGAACAUAAUCAUCGACGCCUGACAAUAAUGUUUUAAAGUUUACCAGUAUGACAUUAUGACAGAAACAAUGCCGAUGAUGAUUGUUGUAAUAGGAAAUGACAAUAACAAAUUUCUCAAAUGGAUAAUCGCCAUCAAACGUAGUCCGUAGAGUCCAGGUUGCACACAGAUGCUGAAGAGUUACGCUUUUUAAACUAGUAAAUUUAUUUCUGGAAGAAAAAUGGUUAGUUAUUCAACAGGCGUAUGACAUUAAGACACUGGGUAUCACAAUAAAUAAACUUAAACACUGAUUUCAGUAAAGACAGAAAUAUAAUAGUGCUAUGUAUAUUACAUGAACAUUAAGAGGACCAAAGCAAGCCCUAUAAUAUGUACUUCUUUGAUAAGGGCCAAUAAUACCACGCAGGAAAAUAUAAGAAUAUGCAUCAACUCCACCCUUCAAAAUGCUAUCAAGGUAGAAUCUUAGAUUUCAGAAAUAGAGAAGGGAAAACCGGAAGCGUUAUAUUCAUUAACUGGUGGAGUUUUAACAAAAAAUUGGGAGUUGUAUGACUGUAAAGAGAUUUAUUGAAGAUAACAUAACCCUAUUGGUGAUGGGACCACAUGGACCGCUGGAAUAUCGGGACCACUUGAACCAACAGGGUAAUGGGACCACUUAAGAGUUCGGCAACCAUAGUAUUGCAAUCUUAGAGAAUUGCGGGGUCACGCGGAACUCCUUUAGGUAAACACCAAAAAUCCCUUGAAAUUCCAAAGGAAAAUAUUGAAAUCCAUCAUUGAACGUAAUGGACAUCAGUUAACUGAAAGCUGCCAAGUAUUCAGCAGCUCUGUUUAUCACAAUGUUGAAAUGUACUUAUCUAUGCGCAAAAUGUCUCUACACUUACGAUGUGGUGAAAAAGAAUCAGAAUCAUCCAUCGUAAGAGGGAAUAUUGCGUUAAUCUCGCUCGCUCGUUAUGUGUUAUACUAACUAGAAGAAAUAUGUUUACUAUUGUUUCCAGUAUGAUUUAUCAUUCAUAAAUAUAUACGUACAUAUAUGAAUAUGUACAUAUACGGAUAUAUGUAUAUGUACUGUGUGCGUGUGUGUAUGUGUGUGUAUG